GGAUGAAGCUUAUUGUUAUAACCAUCGGACUAAAGAAAAGGUACCAUGUGCUGUAGCUGACUGUCUUGAGAAAGCUGGAGGGCGAGCAUGGGAAUACUAUCCCUCUUGUAAUAAAUGUCAUACGAUAAACAUUGUGAGGGAAUAUGAUGAGAUAAGAAAAGAAGGUUUGAAAGCAAAAAAUGUAACUUUUCAUGCAAUAAAUAGAACUAAGCCCAGUUCGGCCACGGCAGGAUCAAGUGCCAGUAAUGGAAUAAAAUCUAUUCUAAAGGAUAAUACAAAUAGCACCAUUAGCAGUAUAAAUUCAUCAACAGGAAAUCAGCCUAGCUUCUUUAGCGCUGUCAGUUCAAACCCAAUUGGAACUAGUAGCCUGUUCAGUACAAAUUCCAGACAACCUACAUCAACA